AGCAUCUUUGAAUACUCUUCUGUGUUCAGAGCACAAGCACAUUCAGAUAUGGGCUGCAACAGCAGAAGAUCACACCAGGUGCCACACUUAUCAACUGAGAACAGGAAACUAAGGCUACAAUUUGCAAAAAAGUGUUGUCUGGUCUCACGAGUUUUUGAUGCACCAUUUGGAUGGCAGGUUCAUAAUUUGAUGUAAACAGCAUGAAAGCAUGGAUCAAUCCUGCCUUGUAUCAGCAGUUCAGGUUGCUGGUAAUGGUGUGGAGGAUAGCAUAGUUUUGAUACAGCCUGAGUGUUGUUCCUGAUCUUUAUUACCACAGUGUACCUAUCUACUGAUAACAUGACAUGUUCUGAUAUUCUGUUUAUAACAUGGCACGUCAUUAUGCUUCCAGCAGAGUGGGUUCAACCUGGUACUAAUGUGUACCUAACAGAGUCGCUAAUGAGUGUAUAUGAGUUGAUUUUUACUCCCCAAAAAUCCUCUGUUCCUUUGCUUAUUGUGUUGAAAUGACUAAAACGUACUACAGAGUUAAUACAUCAAAGCUAUAAAGGUUUUUGGUGUUUAAUUUGAAGAGAAUCUUCUGGUAAACAACCAAAUAUGUGCUCUUAUGCAAGCACUUUGCCUCAUUAGUAGAUAAUGGCUGCAUUAAAGCAUGGUGUAUUAUUCUAGAUAUGUAUAGCAAUAUCUUCAGAGUGUGCUUCAGAGAGUUGGCUACAGCUUUGAGGAGGUUACUGGUGUUGUUAAUGUUACUCAUUUAAAUUUGAGCUUGAAAUGCUUGAAAGAAAGUUUCCUCCUCUUACAAGAAAUUAAUUUAGGAAAACAUAGUUGAAAACUUAAAUUAUAGUAAAAGACAGAUACAAAUCUUAAGUGAUGCCAGUGGUGUUAAAAACAAAUAAAAAUGUUUUGUCAUGUUUUGUGCACGUUGUCCUCCUCCAACAGGAGAAGCACUCAAAAAUCUGCCAAAAAUCAGCAGCUAAAAAGAGGAAGGUUUUUGACUCCAGCAGACAAAGAGCUGAGGGAACAGACAUCCCCGUACUGAAACCCAUCAAACCAAAGUCACAAAGUUCAUCUGGUACUGAAAGAGCAGAACCCCCGAAGAAGUCGUCAAAUUGGCGUAAGAAACACGAGGACUUCAUCGCCACUAUCCGGGCUGCAAAGAACCUCGGUCAGGUCAUAAAAGAUGGAGGACCAUUGCCCCCACCUCCUCCUCCUACUUAUGACCCAGACUAUAUCCAGUGUCCUUACUGUCAGCGGAGGUUCAACGAGAGUGCAGCUGACAGACACAUCAAAUUCUGCCAGGAGCAGGCCGCCCGAAUGCCCAACAAAAGCAAGUCAGGAGAUGCCAAAAAGCCUCCAGGUCGCACACAGUACAAGCCUCCUGCUGCUGCAAAGAAGGCCAACACUCCCGUUGUGCCAACCAUCCCUUCAGCUUCCUCUCGUUUACCCCAAAGAUCAGGCCUUGGACAGCCCACUGGAAUCCCAUCUAGUAAGGCCUCCUCAACAGGUUCAGUGAGGAAUAAUCCCUCCGGGCUCACAAGCCCACCGUCAGGUGUGGGAAGUAAAUCUCGAGUAGCAAGUUCUGGCUAUGGAUCUGUGAGGAACGCUCAGACUGGACUCAACAAGAAGAAAGUAGACUCCUACAUAUCUAGGAAUGAUAUAGAUGGCGCGAAUGAUGUUGGGAACGGCGGAAUGAAGAGCAAGUUUUGUCACGCUUGUGGGACAAAGUACCCUGUUGAAUCUGCCAAAUUCUGCUGCGAGUGUGGGGUCAGGAGGAUGUGUAUUUGAUAGCAGUCAGAAGAAAACGAAAGCAGGGUUAGGAUUUAGGUAAUAAGAAUUGAGGGAAAGGUGAAAAAAUAAUUAAAUCCAUCUUUAUUUUCCCACACUGAUCUUAUUUCCUGGCAGUAAAGAUGGUGUGUGCAGUCACACUGAAUUUUAUCCAAAUUUCAUUGCAUAACUUGCAAUAAGGAGUGCACUUAGCUACUGUGUUUUGCGUUGACUAGUGGCCGGUUGAUCUCUGUGCCGAACAGAUUUGGUACACAGAUUAAUCGGUUUAAAUCAUGAUGUGGCUUUUACAAGCACAUCCCGUAAGUAGCUUCUCUUUCACUGCUUCGUUUGCUCACAGCAUUGCUGCUGUUUCCAUGAACUUAUAAAAUGAGCAUUACUGCCAUGAAACUACAGGCCAUAGAGGGUUUAAGAAUUUGUGAGAAAUAAAUAUUUCCAGCAAAGGAGAGGUGGUUGGUCAUUGGAAGGAAGCUAUUAAAUAUUAUGCAUCUUUAGAAGAGAGUAGAGGAAAGAUGAAUUAAAAGUGGGUUUGGAAAAAAAGAAAGGAAACAUGUUGGGUGGCUGAUUAGAGGUGAGAUUAACUGCCCUGCAUCAUUAUCGCUCUUCAGCCCUUGAUUUGAAGUGCAUUCCUCAAUCCCACCUGUCUCCACAUUGAUGUGCAAUAAUAACGACUACUGAAGAAAGCAGUGUGAUUUUUUUUUUAAAAAGAAAAAAGAAAAUAGCUCCAAAUUUUUAUCUUAUCACCCUGUUUUCUUGGCAACCAAUCACAAAAAAGGUUGAGUUGUUACAGGUCAGUGCUCCCUUUAAGGUCACUUAACAGGAAAAACCUGUUGUCUCAUAUUACAUUAUACCCAAAUGUAGCAUUUACUCAUUCCCUUUAUUCCCACUAGGUUUAUACAUUUAUUUAUUUUCUUAUUCCUUUUCAUUUUUACUGACUGAACAGUGAUUGUAUGGUUUUUGUUUGUUCUUUUAUGUUCUACAGAAUUAAAAUAGGUUUCAUUUGGAAUUGUGUGAAACCAAAACACACCUCAGUGUGUUGAAAUUGCUUUUUUUUUUCUUUCUCAACAGUGUUUCUACUGAGUCGGUGUUCAGUGCAUUAAGGUAUUUAGAAUCAACGAUACGGUGACACUAAAGUAAUUUUGCUGUCGACCUUUGCUUGAUGAUCCCCACAUAGGUUAUUUUAUGGUGGGACUCGGAAGAGCGGGGACAAAUCUCUCCUCGAGGUGCAUGAUUAAUUAUCUAAGUAGGGCAUUUAUUCCCGGUAACAAACUAUAUUCACGUUACGUGACGAGAAAGGUUUAAGCCUACUGGAGGGCUGCGUUUUCCUGUAAUGAUAACGUCAGCUGUUAGACUGGAUAUGAUUGUGCACCAAAUGCCGUGUACAUCCACCAUCAAUAAACUUCUUUGAAGACAGCUGCAA